AUGCCCCAACUUUACCUCCAAAGCUCUAACUCAAUGGCUUCUCCUCUCGAAACUGUGCAGGCUUUGCUCCAAUCGUCAACUCGUCUCCCGUACUGCACUGGCAGUGUGCCACUCGAUGCGACUAACUCGACACUGUUCUAUCAGUUUGGAGACCUCAAAGCGGAAUUGAUCGACUUCGCGAAUGCAACCGACAAACAGCUCAAAAAACUCGCCAACGCAUGCCAGCCUGCGACAUUUGGACUCGGGCAGAAAGAUGUUUUAGACGAAUCGUACAGGAAGGCUGGGAAGAUGGACGCGGCGGCGUUUGCAACCCACUUUUCGCCGCUACAGCUUGGGGUCGUCGACACCAUCGUCGACUCCUUGUUUCAAGGCCACCGAGACUCCAAGGGAGUCUGUGCUGAGCUCUAUAAGCUCAAUGUUUAUGGACCCGGGGCGUUUUUCAAGGCCCAUGUUGAUACGCCGCGUAGCGACAAGAUGUUCGGCUCUCUCGUCAUCAUCCUUCCCACCACACACACAGGAGGGUCUCUCAUCUUCCGUCAUCAAGGGAAUGAAUGGUUCUUUGACUCGGCCAAGGCUGUCAACGAAGAGCCAACCCCACAUGCUGCAUUCGUAGCAUUCUUCAGCGACGUCGAACACGAGGUCUGCGAAGUCACCUCCGGGAAUCGCGUUACCCUCACCUACAAUUUGUACUUCGUCGACUCGCCGAUCACUGCUCGGGUCACGCUUUCUGAAGACAAAGCGGAGACCGACUUGAAAGCUGCCAUAUCCGCCCUCAUACGCGACCCUCAGCUCCUCCCGGACGGCGGCAUCCUGGGUUUCGGCCUCUCUCAUGUUUAUCCCUUCAAAGUCGACAAGACCGCAAUCUCCGACCUCAAAAAGUGUUUGAAAGGAUCCGAUGCCACAAUCAAGCGUGUCUGCGACGCCCUGUCGCUCAGACACUCGCUCAUGGCGCUAUAUCGUGAAGAAUACAGAUCUGUGGGCGUUCUUCUCCCGAAAUUUGCCAAUUUUGGGAUGGAGCAAAUCGAGGAAGGGCUCGUACAGUAUCUUCAGUAUAUGAAGGGAUCCAUCGUCGUUAAAGAUCCGAACGCGGAUGGCACAAACGACGAUGAUUACGGUGACGAUGACAGCGAGGAUUAUGAGAGUGAUGAUGGAGAGGGGGAAAGAGACCCCAAAGGCCCGAAGACCAUUGUAUGGGCGAAGCCACUGACGAAAGCCAAUGAAUUCAAGUCGGCCUACAUCCAUUAUGGGAACGAAGCCAGCCUUGAUUACGCUUACGGGGAGGUUUGCCUGGUCGUCGAGCUUCCUCCGGCUGGGCAACGUCAGUAG